UUCAGUCGUCCACGGAAAACCGUCGUCGAUUGUGACAAAAUGGCAGCCAAGGCAAUUUUGGCAUUGUUGCUCUGUCUCGUCGCUGCAGCGAACGGGAAGAAAGGAUUCGGAUCGGGCGAGCAAGAAUGGGGUUAUGUCACCGUAAGGCCGCACGCACACAUGUUCUGGUGGCUGUAUUAUACUAUAGCUAAAGUGCCCUCGUACUUCGAAAAACCUCUGCUGAUCUGGCUGCAAGGAGGUCCAGGAGGAUCUUCAACAGGAUAUGGGAACUUCGAGGAAUUGGGUCCUCUGGAUCUCCACCUACAAAAAAGGAAUUUCACCUGGAUUAACGAGUACAACGUCCUCUUCAUCGACAAUCCCGUGGGAACGGGAUUUAGUUAUGUGGAAAGGCAAUCUGUGUACACGAAAACAAACGCCGAAAUUGCCACAGACCUUUUGGAGUGUAUUAAAGGCUUUUUGAAAGCGUUUCCAGGAUUUCAAAAUGUACCUACUUACGUAACCGCUGAGUCUUACGGCGGAAAAAUGGCGGCGGAAUUUGCGAACGUCUGGUACAAGGCUCAACAAUUAGGAGAAAUAACCAGCAAUUUGAAGGGGGUCGCUCUCGGAGAUUCAUGGAUCUCGCCGAUUGACUCAGUGCUCACUUGGGCGCCAUUUUUGUUGAACACGGGAAUGGUCGACAAACGCGGAUAUCGAGAAAUCGCCGAGGCUGCGAAACGAACGAGUCUUGCCGUCAACACUUCGAAUUGGAUUACAGCCACGAAUCUUUGGGCACACACGGAAGAAAUAAUCCUGAAAGUGACCAACAACAUAGACUUCUACAACAUCCUCUACCGGAAGCAGCCGAAGCCAAUGGCCGAUCUAAAAGACGCGAAUUCUUUAUCGAAAGGCACGGUCUUCCAACAACUUAUCCUGGAGGAUCCUGACGCUCUCCUGAACGAAUUAAUGAACACCAAGGUGAAGACGGCUCUAGGCCUCAAUGUCACCUGGGGUAACCAAAGUUCAACAGUCUUUGCAGAGCUUUAUGAAGAUUUUAUGAAACCUACCACCGAACAAGUGCAACUUUUGCUGAACAAUACGAACCUAGAGGUCUUCAUCUUCACUGCUCAGUUGGACCUCAUCGUUGACACGCCCGGAACUCUUCUCUGGGUCGAGCGUCUCAGGUGGAAAAAUUCUGCAAACUGGUUGUCAGCUCGCAGAAUUCCCUUGGUGGUGAACAACGUAAUCGAGGGAUAUGUCAAGGAGUAUGGGAACCUGAAGAUGUACUGGUUCAACCGAUCGGGACACAUGGCACCAAGAGACAAUCCUGACGCAAUGGCCUCCAUGCUGCGACAUCUCACUGGCGGCCAGUAAUUUGCAGGCUGUCGCAUUUUGCCGGGCAUUCAUUUAAAUCUGCAGUCGGAUGCAAGAAAACAUUACUUCAAAAGUCAUCGAUCGACUUAUAAUCGUCAAAACCCUCCUCGAAAAUUCGCUACAAAUUUAUAUGGCUACCGAACCUAAUUGCGAUACUACUCACGUAUUUAGCAACGUUGUAAUUCCUAAAUUUAAGUGAAAUUGAAGUGAACUCCCCCCCCAAAUUGGUCGAUUCGAAUAAGACACUGUUUUUUAACCCUUUUAAUGCCGGACGACGAUAUAUCGUUGCGUAUGCGACAGCGCCUUAUUCUUCGCACUGCGAGAAAGCUCUGUCGCAAAAUAAAUUUAUAUAACGUUAUAAACGGUCUAAUAUCAUUGCAAUAGAAUUUAAAAAAUU